ACAACAAAAAUGAAUGUUUUGUUAGUAUUAUGAUUGCACAGACAGAAUCCAAGGAAACGAAACUCGUGAGUGUUAUUUGGAAGAAUUAUGUGAGUUUAUGAUUAUUUUCAAGUUGUCGAAAAUGGAGAGGUUGCCUGUGGAAAUAUGUACGAAGAUAUUCGGUCUCUUGGAUUACUACCAUCUUUCUGUUGCUCAACAAGUGUGUAGGAAGUGGAAGCUGGUGGGCUCAGACAAUGAUCUAUGGUGUAACCUUUUUAGAGAGAGAUGGGGAGAAGAUCAUUCUGCUUUUUAUGCUCCUAUUGGCUCAAAAUCAUGGAAAGAUGUAUAUGAGGUGCAAGAUCGUUGUGAUCGAAUUGGAGUGGGUUUGAAGAUUAUUAGAGAAGGCAGUGACUACUAUCUUGUUCACCAAGGAGAGAUACAGAGACAUCUGGGUUCAAGAAAAAAUCAGGAAAAAGAAACUGCUCAAAGCUUCCAUUCAGAAAUUGAAUUCAAUGGAGAAAGCUGUCUAGCUGAAGAGAGAUCAUGUCGUGGAAUUUUGGACAAAAUCCUUUUUUUCAUAGGAGAUUUGGAAGUUGCUUCUGCAGAAGCCAAACGUAGAUCAUAUCAAAAUAAAAUCAUGAAAAUAAUUUCGUUUUGUGAGUUUCAUUUAGGAACUAACCAAUAA